AUGAACGUCUUCGGCUUUGGCAACCUGCGCGACCGUGCCGCCAACGAUGACAGCGACAGCGACGAAGAGAAGCAGUCGUACUACACUGGUGGCACCAACUCGACGGGGGGUGGCAGUGGGCUGAGCGUCUAUGGCAACCCCACGGGCGGCCCUCCGAGCAUUGACAACAUCAUCUCCCGCGCCCAGCAGCAAGGCGCCCAAGGCGAUGCGUCGGCGACGCCGUCGCACGUCAUCACGUUCUACGCCGAUGGCUUUACAGUCGAUGACGGUGAAUACCGACGCCGCGAUGACGAGAACAACCGCGAGUUCUUGACUGCGAUCGAGCGGGGUGUCGUGCCUCGGGAGCUUGAAGCGCUGCACUCGCGCGGCCAGCACGUCGACAUUUCGCUCGUCGACAAGCGCACGCAGCAGUACAAGGAGACGGCCAAGCCCAAGUACGCUGCGUUCGCUGGCGAAGGCCAAACUAUGGGCGCGACCAAGGUCGAAGCGGCUGCGAUUGUCAGCGAUGCGCCCACCACACUUGCGCCCGUCGACACGACGCAGCCGACCACGGUGAUUCAGAUCCGUCUCGCCAACGGCGGCCGUGUGCGCGAGACGUUCAACACGACACACACCGUGCGCGACAUCCACGCCGUGCUCCACCGCGAAGGCGCGACCGGCCAAGCGUACGUGCUCAUGGCCGGGUUCCCGCCCAAGCCGCUCGUGGGCAUGGACGAGACGCUCCAGGAAGCAGGACUACUCGGCGCUGCGAUCACGCAAAAGUGGGCCUAA